UGAAACUCUCCGCGCUAGCGGGCUGGGAUUUCCCUCGCUUUGAAAAGGAAAAAUCAAACCUGAUUUCCUCAUUCCAAAAGGAAAUAAUCGCUGAAGUGUGACCUGCUCCUGUCACCGCUGCUCCGAGCAAACACCUGGAGUCACACAGGCGGAUCACUCGCUGCCCACCGUUUCACCGCCCCGCUCAUUUCUCAGUCCGGUGGAUUCCGCACCCGAGACACCCGCCGAGAUGUCUGCGCAGGCGCCAGCACCCCGAGUCCGCAGCAAGAAGCGAACGCAGAUCACGGCGUUACCGUUGUACUUCUCGGGCUUCACCAUGAAACGACGUAAGGGAGAGACGGACUACCAGCAAUAUUAUGCAGAGCUUCGAGGCAAUGUCAUUUUCCUGUAUGAAAAUGAGAAGAAAAGUGAGUAUUCUGAAAAGUUGGAGCUUCAGCAUCUGGAUUCUGUGUCUUUGGUUCGGAUGGAUGUAAACACAGAAGAAAUGACGUUGGCUUUUCCUCAAGAAGAAGUGCAGUUAAAGUUUGAGAACUGCGACAAUGGGGAAGAGUGGAAAGCAUUUAUUUAUACCGUUGCAAAGCUGGAAAUCCCCACAAGACUGCAGCUGCUUCCUGGACAGCUGCUCCGACUGAAAGAAACUUUGGAACAGGAGCAGGCGAGACAAACGACCUCAGCGCCCCCUGCCGAGGAGCCAUCACCACCUGCACCGCUCCACUGUUAUGAAGAUGCAAUGACAGGCCUGCCGCCAUGUUUCUUCACCGUGUCAAGAAGUCAAGCGGUUGCAAUGCUCAAAGAAUCUCCAUCACAUGGCAAUAUGAUUCUACGACCAGGUAGCAACAGCCUAAGUUAUGCGGUGACGGUCCGAGACCCUCAGUUCAGUGGACUGUCCAUCAAGCACUACAAGGUGAACAUCGUACAUAAUGGAUUCAUCAUAGAGCUUGACAACCCUGUGUAUAAGAAGACACUCAACGAAGUCAUUGAUUACUUCAUCAAGCAGACAGACGGACGUCUCAAACCUUACAUCGAGUCACAUGACUAUGAAGUUGCAAUCAAUCUGUUAGAUGACCCCCAUAAGACAAGACCAACAAUGCCACCGAGGUCUACUUCUCAGCCACAGUUUACUCCAAAGGACACGUUGAUGACUCGCCAGAGGAGUCAAAGCUGCGCUGAAAACACAUACGUCAAUGACAACGAUGCACGUGGUGAUUUCCUACAGGAACUACAAGGGAAGUUCCAGAUCAGGAAGGGCACUCAUUGGCAGCUCUAAUAGAAACCGCAAAUGUGGACCGUCAUUAAAGGGGUCGUCAAUGCACAAGCCCAGUGUGUAUAUAGCGUCUUUCACUGUGACUCCGUUCCCGGUACAAUGCGACUUUGUUAAAAUCCCACUGUGCUUUUCAUCUUUGUCUAUCUCAAUGCGUCAUAUCACCAAUUUUUUUUGUUGAAAGUUCUAUUUUAUGUACAGCUGAAUGAUGAUAAUUGACAAAAUUUUAUAAAAUCACAUCAUAAAUGGAAUAAGACUGCCUUUUGAUUUGUUAGUGUGUCUUUACUCUCAGAUUAACUACAUCGUAAUGCUGAGUGGUGCAGUUGUCAUGAGUGGAUGUGUAUUAAUUUAUAUCUCAGCUUAACAACUUUUUCCAUUGACAGUUUAACAUAUUUUUAAGAAUCUUGGGUUUCUGGUGUGUGUUAUUUUACUUUAAUUUCAUGGUUAAGUUAAACAGUUCAAUAGUUUAUUAGUUAUUUUUACCGUGAUGCCAUGUUGGUUUCCGAUGGCCACCACAGCUUUGGUCUUGGGUUGUUGGGAGGCAGAUCUGAGCUACUCACUAGAAGUCACCCUGGCAUUUUGUUAUCGUUCAUGAUGGUAUUUAAACCCCUCUUCAAUGCAAGUAAUGAUCUGAAUUCCUGAAAACAAAACUAACAACAAUGACAACAGAAUAUAUGACUAACAACAGUUGUCU